CGUUACCAUAAUAAGUCUGGUUACACGAAAACGGUGGGAGGCCUUACGGAGUUCAGAUCUGCAGCGGCAGCCAAAUGGGAAAGCUAUCAGCAACAAGGCCACUGCGUGGCAACGGUCAAGACGCUCCAGCUGGUGGGCAAGAAGUAAGGAGAAGGACGCCUGCGGCUACAGUGGCAGGAGGUGCAGCAGGAGCCGAGCCUAG